AUGCAGAUUGCACUCGGCCAAUAUAUUGGCAAUAAUAUUGGUUUAGGUUACGGCCCCACGAUUGCCACUGAAUAUGAGCUCGGCUGUGGGCCCGCUAUAGCUGCUGAUGUCCCUUACGGUCCCGGCUUAGCCCCAGGUCUUGGAUACGGAUACGGUCUCGCAGGCCCAGGGGUAUUUGCUGCUCCUACUGCCUAUGCUGCUGGACCGGCAUAUGGAGGUGCUGGUAUUGGGGACGUAGCGGUGGGUGGUGAGAUGCCAGUCGCUGGCACAACUCUUCUGGCUGGCCAAGUGCCGAUUCUUGGAGCCGUGCAAUUCGAUGGUGAGGUUCCGGCAGGUGGAAUAGUAUCAAUAGCUGGACGGUGUGGAUGCGCUUGCAAUGGACCCUACGUGUAC